GUUUUUUCUGGAUACGCAUUAAUGUGCGGUUCUUUAGAAGAAAAAUUUUUAAACCAUGGUGUGCCAGUAACCACCGAAACCUUUGAUGAGAAGCUGUUUGACCUCGUUUGCGAUGCGCAUUGUCACCCACACGAUGACAAGGAUAAUUUGGCCUUGAUUGCUCAGUUGAAAACGGGACAUGUCACCAUCAUGGGAGUUCGACAAGACGAUUGGGAAACCGUGUCCAAGGUAGCUAAAUCGUGUAACGAACAAUACGAGGGGAAAUGCGUGCCGAGUUUUGGUAUUCACCCUUGGUUUAGUCAUUUUUUAAUGACAGAGAAGCAAAGCAAUGCGCAUGAGCACUACAAGGAGAUAUUACAGUCGUCUGAUGAACAAGACUUACAAGCGAUGCGAGAAGCACUGGAAAAGAAGCCUGUAUUUGCCUAUGAUACGUGGUAUUCUAAUUUAAGAGAAACGUUGCUGAGUCAUCCUGGUGCGAUGGUAGGAGAAGUGGGUAUAGAUGGAUCAGCCAGACUGUUACCUGGUGGAUCAAUUGAUUGGCACGGAGUGAAGCCUACGUCUGUCAGAUGCUCAGAACAACAUCAGAUGGAUAUUUUUGAUGUUCAAUGUCAACUUGCUCGAGAGCUCGAUAGAAGUAUCAGUGUACAUCUCGUGCAAGGACAUGGACCUUUAUUCAAAUAUUUGCAGACAAAAUCACUCAUGUUCAGUAACAGAAAACUUAGGUUAAUGAAGGUUAAACCCAAUAUAUUAAGAAUGUGUCUUCAUUCAUUUGGUGGGUCUCCCGCAUCUGUAAAGCAAUUCAUGGACCUGAAAGGAUAUGAAAUGUAUAUCUCUUUCUCGGUUUGCAUCAAUGCAAGACUGACACCACCCAAGAAACUGCAAGAACUUAUUCGAGCAGUACCCGAAGACCGUUUGCUAAUUGAAUCUGACUUGGACACACCUAAGGGUAUUGAUAAAUGUAUGGUUGAAAUCAUAAAAAUUGUAGCAGAGGCACGACAAUGGAGCAUUUCUAAAGUGGUGGAAACAACACACCAAAACUGGUUAAAGUUUACCCUCCGCUGAAGACUAAUUAAACAUCCGUCCUGAUGACGCAAUAAAAGAAAGAGACCUUAAGGCGAAGAAAAAUUUUAUA